GCUGACCCGAGGAACUUCAACAACGAACCCGAACUCCUGUCGUCUCGUGAGGGAAGGAGAGAGGGAGAGACCCAUGCUGUAAUACAUCGUGAGUGUGAAUCCUUUAGCGGGGAAGACUUCAUUAAGGCUUAAGGAGCGUGUAGAGCGACCUGGGGAGGAGUUGUAUUGUUAGUUAAUCAACAGGACACCCAUCUGCCAAACGAAACUAGACCAAGAUGGAUAAGCUACGGAAGGCCCUAAGUGGGAGAGACAACAGCGAGGAGCAGGAGGAGGAGCGGGGGAACAUUAUCACCCAGACGGAGGACACGCCACUCUUGCGUGUAAUUGACUCAAACAGCCUUAGUUGGAGCACACGUGUUAAAGGGUUUGCAAUAUGCUUUAUCCUUGGUUUUUUGUUCUCUCUCCUUGGCUCUGCGCUGUUCUUCUUGCCCAAGGGAACUAUCUUGUUUGCAAUUUUUUACACCCUAGGCAACGUCAUGGCACUUUCUAGUACAUGCUUCCUGAUGGGACCAGUAAAUCAAUGCAAGAAGAUGUUUGCUAAAACCAGGAUCAUCGCCACCAUCAUCAUGUUUGUUGCCCUCAUCAUGACUCUGAUUGCUGCAUUUGUGGUCCACAAGAAAGCUCUGGCACUGUUGAUGGUGAUUAUACAGUUCUUAGCAAUGACCUGGUAUUCCCUCUCGUACAUCCCAUAUGCUCGCGACGCUGCCAAGAAGUGUUUUGCUUCCUGUGUCGAUGUCUAAGUGAAUCUGGCGCCUCCCAUGGGGUCAGGAGGUCUCUUAGAAAAACGUAUAUCUGUUUAGAUAUUCUAAACAUUAAGAUUUUCACUGCAAAAAAAUUUGUUCUUCCAGUGGUCUUUGAAGUAAGACAUGCUUGAUACAUUUUGUUAAUUGUUUUUGUUAAUUUUUUAUUUGUGAUUAACAAUUUUGUUUAAAUCCACUAAGGUAACCACCCUGACAUUAGGUAUGAGAAUAUUCACAAGAUUUUUUUUUUUUUUUUUUUUUUUUUUUCUAUGUAGUUUUAAAACAAUCAAAUUCUAUCACCAAUUAUGGUGCUCUCUUUCCCCCAUUUUAAUUGAGGUAAAAACAACCUUUAUUCUUCAGUUCAAGAAUGAUUUGGUAUUAGCAUGAGUAUGAUUUGCAAACAUUGAUGCAGUUUAAUCUUUGACCAUUUAUUUAUUGAAACUUAUUUUGGGUAAAAUGCUAUUAAAGCACACACUUGUAGAUAUGCCGUCCUGUAGUGAAAAGUUUUACAAUACUUUCAUCACAUCAACUUCCUUGGAAAACUGUCAUAAUGAUAUUAGAUUAAAUAAGGAUCUGAAAGUGGAGUAGGUAAUUUAUACUUCUGAAUUGACUUCUUCUUCUUCUUCCUCCUCUUUGUCCUCCCUCCUCUUCCUCCUCUUCCUCCUCCUCCUCCUCCUCCUCCUCCUCCUCCUCCUCCUCCAGGAACUAAAUGCAAAAACUUUGAUAGUUUUGUAUGUACAGUAAAACCUGAGAAAACCGAACACCCAUGGGACUGUAAAAAAUGUCCGGUUUGGACAGUUAUCCGGUUUGGAGAGGGUGGGCUUUUAACACAGGCCGCCUAUUGAAAUGGGAAGGGACUGAGAAUAUCGUCUGGAAUGGACAGUGAUCCGGUUUUCUCAGGGUCCAGUUUUCUCAGGUUUUACUGUAAUUCAGACAGUUGCCAGAUUACUAACGUGGAUCACAAUUUGAUUUAAUUGUAUGAUAUAUUCCUGCAAAAACAAAAUCUUUCUUGCUAAUGGCUAAUGACAAAUUAUACUACUUAGAUAUUAUCCUCCAUCCAGGGACAAAUGGCAUUUCCAUUUUUUAUUAAUUGCAGCAGUGCAGUUAAAUACCAUUUAGUAUGGUACUUAGCUUCAAGCCAGGAAGUAUGCCUAUGUGACUAGAAGCAUAAAAGCACAUGUGAUUGUGGAAACAGGUAUAGAAAAAGACAUUGUAGAACUGUAAAAGUUACUGAAUUUUCUAAUAGAUUUACUUGUCUGUCCCAGCUGACUGCAAGCAACAUUUGAUUUAAUGUACUGGAUUAUGUAAAAAAGAAUACUGUUUAUGUAUUUUUGUUGUUACUAUUGUGUCUUAAGUAUUUAUAAGCAAGAUAAAGAAGCUUACUAAAUAUUUUUACUACUAAUUGUUUGUUACCAUUCUUUCAUCAUAAGCAGAGCUAACAAAAGGGAUAUUUUUACACAUUCACAAGCACCCCCCCAACUCACACCCACCUAUCCGCCCACACACACACACACACACACACAGAAGCGAACUUGGUGUAGAGUAAAGCAUUAAGUUUUAAGAAUAUUUGUUUUAUGUAGACCUACAUUUCUUUUUAGCCUCAGUAGACGCAGAGAAGAGCAGUACCAUUUGAUUGGGCACUGUAUGCUAUCAGAAAAUUAUUAGACAUUUUCUUAACUUAAAAAUGCCAGAUGAAAAAAAAAAAAUCAAAAUUUUGUUGAAUGGGGGAUUUGUGAUUUUUGAAAGUAUUUUGUGAAUGUUAAAAGUAAUUACUUUUCUAUAUGUGCAAGUAAGAGUUUACAUUGCCUACAUAUAAAUGUCAGCUCCUAUAUAAGUGUAUAUAUUUUUGCCUCACGUUCCCUUGAUUAUGCCAGAGGUACUGUAUCUUGUGGCAUUCCAUAGAUUUAGAGAGAAAUGUUGUUUAUUAUCAUUUAAAA